AUGGGUGACCAAGGUCCGCCUUGGGACAUCACUCUGUCCAACGGCACAUGCUAUUGGAAAUCCGGCAAGAUCGCCGGCAAGGAUUUCAUACCCUGUGGCAACGCCGCUCUUCCCAACGUUAAUUGGCAAUGCUGCAAUGUCGGUGACAUUUGUCUGUCAAGUGGCGCGUGCUUCAACUCUGCAUACGGCGCAACCUAUCUCGUGGGAUGCACCGAUCCCAGCUACGCCGACGAGAAAGCGUGCCCUAGUAAAGGUGACUUUGACGACCAACAGUGGGUGGGACUUGUGACCUGCGAUAUCGAACAGGAGGGAGCUGGCAAAGACACGCCGUGGGCAGGCUGCUCCGAGCCGCAUAUCGAUCAUCUCACCAGUUUCGCGAAAGGCUGCAAAUGUGACUCGACCAACACGCCUCUCUUUACCGACUAUCCCACCUUGAUCAACAGUGCAAGCCUCCCCAAGUCGUCUGGUGGACGCCUUUCCUUCUUCGAUGAGCGCACCCCCACGAUCCCGUGGAAACCGACAGCCACAUCAGGCUCCGUGCCUUCAGGGACCUUAGUGUCUGCCGGAGCGACGACGCAAUCACUUCCCGCCGCGACAGGUGAGGCUUCGGAAUCAUCAAGCUCCGAGGCUGGGCUUUUGACGGGCGCCAAAGCAGGAAUAGGUGCCGGUGUAGCAGGUGGUGCUUUACUCUUCGGUCUCGUCGCUUUUCUAGUCCUGUUCCUUCGCCGUCGUAGCAAGAGCGAACACACAUCUGAUCAGACUAACGCCCAACCGUCUUCUCAACCUGAUUCCACCAUUUCAUCGGGUCCCUCGACUGGAUGUCCUUAUGCCACCAACGCGGCCAGCCCCAGUUUGAAUGGCUUCAAGGCAGAACUUGCGGCGGACGGCCCGCCAAGUGCGCCGAAUACGAUUUCUCCAAUCUCACCCGCUAGCCCUCAUUUCCAGCAACAGCAGCGCCAGUAUGAAGCCUACAAUCCAGACAGGCACGGGAACUACUCGCACUACGGGGGCCGUUCCAACGUCCACAGCGGUCUUUUUGCCCCCGUGAGCCCUCAGCACACCGGCACGUCGUCAGACCAUAACAUCAGCAUGAAUGACAGAUCGGGACAGCAACCUAUGUCGUCCAUUGCAGAAUUGCAAGGUUGA